UCACACGCACACCUUCAACAGCCUGCUUGUAUUUCCCCCAUUGUUGUUACGUGUUCUCUUUCCUUUUUGGUUUGAAACAUGACUUUAAAGGUCUCCCCCCAAUAGGCAUUUUUGUUGACAAGGGGUUGAAUGUCACGGAACUCCCUUCUAACUAGAUGUUGACCAGUGUCUGCUGCCCACCUAGGCCAGUAUGGACGAAGGAACCCUGGAGGCUGCCAUCACAGCCUACGGCGCCCAGCUGCAGCAGGUGGAGAGUGCCCUGUUGGCCGGCUUGGACCCGUCGCAGCAGGCUGACCUGCUAAAACUGAAAGAAGACCUCUCUCAGCUUAUAGAGCUCACAGAAGCUAGCCUAGUGUCAGUCAAGAAGAGCCGGCUCCUAGCCACUCUCGAAGAGGCUGACGGGUUCCAGUCGCUAGCCACAGGCACACCAGCUAACGGUGGCUUGGACAAUGUGUUCGCUGCCUUCUACUCAGAAGUGGGGGAGGUUUCCGGAAGUAGCUCAGACAUGAGAGAGAGGGGAGAGGAGGAGGAGGAUGAUGGCGAGGGAGAGGGAGAGGUAGACGUGCUAAGUGGCACCAAAGUGCGAGCACCCUACCGCACCUCUUGGGGGACUUUGGAGUACCACAAUGCAAUGGUCGUGGGGACAGAGAGUUGUGACAGGAAUGAGGCCCAGGUGAGGGUGCUGUAUGUCCAUCCCACACAGAAGUCCAUGAAGCCCUGCCCAUUCUUCCUGGAGGACAAGUGUCGCUUCGCAGACAACUGCAGGUUCUCCCAUGGCGAGGUGGUGUAUGUGUCAGAGCUCAGAGAGUUCCUGGAGUCAGACCUCACUAACCUUCAAGAGGGCUCCUCCUGCUUGGCCAGGCAAGACGAUGGCAUCUGGUACUCGGGCAAAAUAACAGACAUCGACAGUGAUUUCUACACGGUGAAGUUCGACUCGGCCUUGCUGAAGAACGUCAUGGUGGAGGCUGACGGGGUCAUCCCACCGUUGAGAGAAGAUGACCUGCCCUCCUGCUCUGACUCGGAGGACGAUGACAAUGGAGAUGGCGAAGCAGCGUUCGCCAGAGUUUUGACCCAAGAGGAGGAUUGGGCACCGUCGAGAAGUUCUUCUGCCUUUGGUGGCUGGGAGGCACACACACGAGGCAUAGGCUCCAAGCUCAUGCUCAAAAUGGGAUAUGAAUAUGGGAAAGGUCUGGGUAAAACGUCAGAGGGUCGGGUGGAGCCAGUGCUGGCGGUGGUCCUGCCCAAAGGUAAAUCUCUGGACCAGUGUGCUGAGCUCACUGGGAGGAAGACACAGAGCAAAGUGGCCAAAGGCAAAGAUGGGGAGCAGGUGAGCCGCAAUAAGAGAAAAAGAAAAGCUCGAGCAGGCAACACUGGUGGGUGCCACAACGUCUUUGACUUCCUGAACCGCAAGCUGGGGAAUGGGGACGCCAACCCUGAGGCAGGAGGCACUGGUGGCCCCCCUCCCCCACAUACUCCAUCAUCUCAAGGGGCCGGAGUGGAGGCUUACAAGGGGGGGAAGAGCACCAAGAGAAACCUGAACGUGAAGCUGUUCCAGGCGGCGGAGAGGGUGGCCCAGACGGAGAGGGAGAUCCAGAAAAUCACAGAGUCCCUGAGCCGACGGACUGGGAGGGAUUCUUCCAUGGUGACUCACCUGGAAGAGAAGCUGUCUGCAGCCCGCAGCCUGCUGGUCCAGCAGAAGGCCCAGGAGCUCUCAGCCCAGAGGGAAAACAGGAAGGCUGACACUCACAAGAAAAUGACAGAGUUUUGACCACACGGUCCUCCAGCGGUCAGAACACACAAACAAUUUUAGUCACCUGAGAGAGGUGCCUGUUAAGCUUAUUUAAUCCAUUUGACUCAAAAGACUUUGGCUGUUUUAAGGCCUCUGGUUGUUGGGCUUUACCUUUUUUUUUUUGUAGUUAACUGGCUACAUGCGUGAGUUCUUUCUGUUUAUGAAAUGGCGACGUUAAGUUGCUGAUGACCCUCUUGUUUUUAAAGGAUGAGCCAUGACACACUUGGAUUAACUGUUGAUCAUGGAUGAGACAGCUACAUAUAUGUGGAUAUGACAGAUUUUGAUUUGAGGUCCAUCAUUCUCUUAUGUCGUUUUUCAAUUUCCACCAAUGUAACUAACCCUUUUCUUAUGUUAUAUAGUUUGGAAUGGACAGCUUUCUUUUAAAAAAUAAUUAUUUUGCCAAUGUUUUCAGAACUCACUGUACAUUUCCAUUAUUUGUAAAUAUAAACCUCAUGCACAACAAAACCUAAGUGUGAUAUUAAAAAAAGUAUCCCAAGAAA